UUGUUCAAAAGCCGGUGCGACCGCUGGCGUCUUGGCUUCGUCGACAAACAUGGCCGAAGUCAAACCGGUCAAACAGCCGUGGUCCAGAUGGGUAGCACACCAGUCAUCCUCGUCGCCGCCCUCGCCAUUCGCGAUUUCGCUCGCCUUUGUCGGCGCAGGAGGCGCGUUGACGGGGUCCUCGGGGAAGUAGUGUAACAGGCGAGCCUUUGUCGUGGUCGAGGUGCUCACAACCUUUUCCAAGUAACCGUUGGGAUAACCGGCAAUUUCCUUCUCGGCGAACCUAUCGCACGCUCUAGCCACCAAAACGGCAACGUCAAUGAUCAGACGGCAAAGAUCCUCGACAGAGUUUUUGAAGCCGGGUAGCGUCGCAUCAUCCGGCCAGAUGUUGGGCGAGAGAUACUCAGGGAAGUUGUCAGUGUUGAACUCCUCGGUGGGUGCUGCGCAAGACAGCUUUGGGUCAACAUAGAAAGCACAGUUGGCAUAGAAAGAGCCCUUUAAUGUGUCGACCUGGCCGUUCUUGAGGGUUUCCUUUCCAAGGGACCAUCCGGUAAGGUACUUGGCCUUUUCAUUCUCGAGUUUAUCUGUGGCUGGUCAACUUUUUGCUCAUAGCCGCCAUGACCCUUCACAUGUAACCUACCCAGCUCAGACUUGGGGAGGUUUCCAAGGUAAGACGAAUAGGAGAGGGCAUGAUGCCUCAGACUCGCAAACUCGGGUGGUACAUCUUUGACAACCAAGAUACCCAGAGAAUCCGGGCCGAAUGCUUGCUGGAGCUUCUCAAACGACACCGUUCCUAGAGAUUUUUACACAUCAGCGAUUGCACUUACACAGAUCACCCCGCAAAGUGAUCCCUGGACCCUGACUUACCGUCCUUUAGCUCCUGUAGGGAGACAGUCACAGCCUGAGCAAUAGGGGCCAUUUUGAUCCAAAGAUGUUACAAGACAAAUAAUCCAACAUCCAACAAAAAGAGGGGAAGCAAACUUUUAUCUCACGAGAUCUACUUACACAUCUUCAAGCUCCCUGUACCAGGUCAGCGGGGCGGACCGCCAAGCAUUCCCACUGCCGGCCGACUUGCUCAAGGCGGCAGGUCCCUGUUCACGCCAAGACAUUUCCAACGCGCCUAUCGAUAACGAUAAGAUCAUCGUCACCAUCAUCAUCAACCACUUGUCCCAGCCUCACUGACGUUGUUUGCGACUACAGCAUCACAAUUCAUCCCUCCAUUGCGACAAUGGUCAAAGCACUCACCUUCAAAGGAGAUAAAAAACCAAAAAAGAGGAAACGCACCGGCGGGGCUAGCGGGAAAGAAGACGACGAUGACAACCGCCAGCUCAAAGCCGCCAAACCCUCCACCGAAGCCGACGCCGAUGCCGACGCCGACGCCGACGACGACAGCUGGGUGUCCGCAGACGUAACAGCCGACAUCUCCGGUCCGAUCAUGUUCGUCCUACCAACCGAACCACCAACCGCGCUGGCAUGCGACGCCAUAGGAAAGGUGUUCACCCUCCCAAUCGAGAACAUCAUCGACAACAACCCCAUCACCGCCGAGCCGCACGAUGUGCGGCAGGUCUGGGUGGCCAAUCGGAUUGUAGGGACAGAACACUUCCGGUUCAAGGGGCAUCAUGGAAAAUACCUCUCCUGCGACAAAAUCGGUCUCUUCUCCGCGACCUCCGAAGCCAUCACCCCCCUCGAGUCUUUUUCCGUCAUCCCCACCGCCGACACCCCCGGCACUUUCCAGAUCCAAACGCUAAGGGAUACCUUCCUUUCUGUGAGAGCGUCGCGGUCCUCAAAAGCGAAUGCUUCCCCUGAGGUCAGGGGGGAUGAGACGGAGAUUACGUUUGAUACUACGUUGAGGAUCAGGAUGCAGGCGAGGUAUAAACCCAAGUUAAAGGCGUCAAAAGAGGAGAAGGCAAGGGAGAAGAUUAGCCGGGCCGAGUUGGAGGCUGCGGUGGGGAGGAGGUUGGAUGAGGAUGAGGUGAAACGACUGAAGAGGGCGAGGAGGGAGGGGGACUACCAUGAGGCGGUGUUGGAUUUGAAGGUUAAGGGGAAGCAUGAUAAAUAUGGGUAGGGAGGCUGAUGUCAGAGCUGUUGUGGUAGGAAAAUGGCUUGGCUUAGUAGGGUUGGUGUUGUUCUAUACUGUGUAAUGAAUUUGGGAGUUUCGUUGAUGAAUCACGGUCUUGGAAUGGGAAGAUCAGGGUUUAAUAAAAGACUAAUUGUAUUCAUGGAUGGCGA